AGACGAUUGCGUAUAGUUUUUGGCUGUAUCAGGUAAAGGUAAUAAAGUCCACCGCUGUUCAUCUUCUCAUCUCACUUUCUUUCUUUUUUCCUUUGGUGUGAUCAUUCUUCUUCCUCUUUCAACAAUCUGCUGAUUUUGCUAUCGGCCAAGUACCACGUACGGCUUUAUUAAUAAACAUCUCCCCUGAAACAAGAAUCAAAGGAAUAUCAUCAACGCCGAGGUAUCCAACUUGUUGCCAUAAUGUCUGCCGCUAUCGAGGCCAAUCUCCAUGACUUCCCUUCGCUCUUCUCGCUCAAGGGCAAGGUCGCCGUCGUAACAGGCGGUUCUCGCGGCCUCGGCCUACACGCAGCCUCAGCCUUCAUCCAAGCCGGCUGCUCCAAGGUCUUCAUCUCAUCCCGCAAGGCCGCCGCCUGCGAAGAGGCCUGCAAGGCCCUCAACGCCCUGCCCGGCCGCGCGGCCGGCGCCGAGGCCAUCUCCGUGCCGGCCGACUCGUCCACCAUGGACGGCGUCAACAAGCUGCUGGCCGAGGUGAGCAAGCACACGGACCGCGUCGACAUCCUCUUUGCCAACGCGGGCGCCACCUGGGGCGAGGCCUUUGACACGCACCCGGACCAGGCCUUUGCAAAGGUCAUGGACCUCAACGUCCGCGGCGUCUUCAACACGGUGCGCGUCUUCACGCCGCUGCUACAGAAGAACGCCUCGCUGGACGACCCGAGCCGCGUGCUCAUCACGGCCAGCGUUGCCGGCCUGGGCGUGGGCACGAUCGGCAAGCAGGGCACCUACGGAUACUCUGCCAGCAAGGCUGCUGUGCUGCAUCUGGGCCGCAACCUCGCGCUGGAGCUGGGCCCGCGCGGCAUCACCGUCAACUCCAUCUGCCCGGGCUUCUUCCCGAGCAAGAUGGCCAACGGCCUGCUGGCCAUGUCUGGUGGCGCUGACAAGAUUGCAAAGGCGAACCCCAUGCGCAGGUUGGGCCGGCCGGAGGAUAUUGCGGGCAUCGUGGUGUAUUUGACGAGUCGGGCUGGAUCGCAUGUGAACGGUGAGGCGAUUGCGAUUGAUGGCGGUGCGUUGUGGUCUCGUGGAGAGUUGCUUGUCGAGGACCAGGCGAAGUUGUAGUUUCAAUCUUGUUUACCAUUUUUUAUUCUUUUAUGAUCAGCAUCAUCACUAGAGGGGAGGAGACAUACGCAUGGCGUGUCAAAGAAUUUUUGUAUGAUAGGAUGACCAUUGCCCAAAGCCUAAUGAAUACCGUAUUAGUUAAGGAAAUAUAUUGUCAAUCCGUUCCUUGCUUGCAUGAUACGGAUUUGAACC